UCGUUCCUCAUUCACGCUCGUCCCAAUCCUGUAAAACAACGUCUUUUUCUAUGUAAUAGAAACUAGCGAUUCUAGUCACGUUUCGUGCUGCGUGUUUUGGUUUCUUUUCGAAUCGACUUCGUGAAAACAUUUAUUUGUUCUAAUGCAGCCAGUUGUCUUUAAAAGAAUCCCAUAACAGAGCCGCCAUCUUUUCCGUGUAGAUCACGAUUGAUUUCACGCCUAGUGUCCAGCUAAAGAACAGGGAGAAAAAAAAAAAACAAUUACUACCUUUAAUCGAUUGCAGUGACCUACGCGGGAAUUUCGAAUAAUUCUAACAUUUUUUUUUUGUUUGUUUUGUUUUCGUUUUUUUUUUUUUAAACGAAACGUGUUGUGUUUGGUGUGUGUGUGUGUGUGUGUUGUGUGUUGCCUGAAUCAUUGAUCGAAACGACAUGAUGUACGCGACGGACAGUAAGGAGAGCAUCCACCAUCAUCACCAUUCGUCGCCGGGUAGCGGUAACAGUGGCAAUGGCGGUAGCAGUAAUAACGGCAAGCCCAUCAUCACUUCGGCCGCGGCUGCCGCUGCGGCCGCAGCAGCCGCCGCAGCCGCAGCCGUCGUCAACGCCGGCAACUCGUCGUGCUACUCUUCCGCAGGGGGCCGAUUUUCGCCCACUUCCUACCGCUCGUCCGCCGCCGAAUCUAUGAGACGUUGCAUGACUAAUUCACAGAGUCGGGACUAUGGCGGAGGAUUUCUGUACGGUCAGCCGGAAUUGUUUGGGAGUCUUGGCGAUGGCUUAUUGGCCGCGCGAUCGGAAGCUCUCGCUGCAGCAUCGUCCGGCGGAGGUGGAGGAAGUGGCAGCGAAUCGUUGAAGCCGUUGCGUAAUCAUCACGACGGCAAUGGAUUUCUACACAGUCACGUCCCUUCGUCCGUCUCUGUUACAGCGACGAUCCAGUCCACCCAAAAUGGACGCCAACAUCAGAUGGUUCAUCCGUCGCUGGAUACGAUGGAAAUGAUGGAAGCCCUGUCCGUCAGCACCUCGGUCGGCGGAUCGCUGACGUCCAUGUCGGAUCAGAACGGAAUGUCAUCGUCGGGCAACGGCGGACUGGGCCAUCAGCACAACCCGUUCGGCAACGGCGGCAACGGCGGCGGAAGCGGCGGACACCACCAUCCUCAUCACAAUUCCGGCGGAAGCGUUUCCAUGUCGAACCAUCCCGGCCUUCACGGGAUGUACAGUCACGCGGCCAUGGCCAGCAACGCCAUGAUGGCGUCGCACAGCCACCACCACCAUCACGCGGCGGCGGCUGCGGCGGCGGCCGCCGCUGCCGCAGCAGCCGCCGGGCUCUCUGGCCAUCAUCACCAGCACAGCCAUUCGCACGGACAUCCGCAUCACAUGACGAUGACUCCUCACCACGCUCACGCGGCUGCCGCUCACGCCCAUCAAUUGCAUCAGCACAGCAAUGCCGGAAGCAACAACGGAAUGGGCUCAAUGGCCGGCAUGGCCGGAAUUCCGCUCGGAAUCCACGACACCGAUUCCGAUCCGCGUGAACUCGAGGCCUUUGCCGAACGUUUCAAACAGCGUCGCAUCAAACUGGGCGUCACUCAAGCGGAUGUAGGCAAAGCGCUGGCCAACCUCCGCCUGCCCGGCGUCGGCGCUCUUUCUCAGAGCACCAUUUGCAGGUUCGAGUCGUUGACGUUGUCGCACAACAACAUGAUCGCGCUGAAGCCGAUACUUCACGCCUGGCUGGAAGAAGCUGAAGCGCAAACGAGAAAUAAGCGUCGCGAUCCGGAAGCGCCUUCCGUCUUGCCAGCUGGCGAGAAGAAGCGCAAGAGGACGUCGAUCGCCGCCCCGGAGAAACGUUCACUGGAGGCCUAUUUUGCCGUCCAGCCCCGCCCGUCCGGCGAGAAGAUCGCCGCCAUAGCCGAGAAACUCGACCUGAAAAAGAACGUCGUCCGCGUCUGGUUCUGCAACCAACGUCAAAAGCAGAAGCGCAUGAAAUUUGCAGCUCAACAAUCCUGCUAAAUCCAUUUUCUUCUUUACCCUGGAGAAAACAAACAAAAGUAAAUUAAAUUAGGUAAAAAUUUGAAUUAAAAAAACGGAACCAAAGAACAUUGAGAAAGUCAAUGAAUUGAUUUUAUAUAUUUAUAUAUAAUAUAUAUAUCUAUACUAUAAAUAAGCUUUAAAAAAUAAUGAUAUUACGUGUGUCCACUGGUCUGGUCAUUUUCGAGUCCCUUAAACAUUCUCUGGUCACUUACGGAAGCGAUCCCGCAAACGUUUCUGCUUCAUUGAAAUUGAAAAUAUCUUGCGCUCCGGCUGAUUUUAAUCCGACUGUCUUUUGUUUGUAUGUUAGAAUCUUCUAAAAAAACAAAAAAAAAUUAUUAUAUUUAUAGUAACAUUACGUGCUCAACGUCGAUCUCGAUUUAAACACAUCAUACUUAUAAAUAUUUAAGAAAUCUAUAGGAAUUCAUUGGAUAUAUAUCGAUAGGUAAACACACGACCAUUCUAAAAACCUAUUCUGGACGUGGGUAUACGCAGUGUGUGUUCCCACCUUUAUUAACGUGUAAUGUUCGGCGCUAAUCAACAGGGUUUUCUCUUUUCAUCUUUGUUUUUCGUUUUUUUUUCCAAAUUAGAAACGACUUCUUUUUCUUGGUAAAUGUCGUGCUGAUUUUAUUCUAUUACCGUGCGAUUUUGUUGUUUGUAAUGUUUGUUCGUUGCCGCUAAAGAAAAAAGCUUGAAUUACUGACAAGAUAAAAACAAAAAACAAAAACAAAAAAUUCAAUAUUUCAUGCACACACGUCGUUAUUGAUUGUCCCUAUCCCAAUUACCUGCCCGUCGUGUCGACGUGUAUAUAUAUUGAUCUCUUUUUCUCAGUCUUUUAGGAUUCAUCAUAUUCAAACCAUAUAAUAUACAUGUGAUAUGAUCAAGAUUAUCGAGGAAGGGAAAAAAAGAUAUAUAUACAUGCCAUUAAAAUAGCCAUGAAUGUAGAAAUAGACAUUGUGCUGUUGGGUCCAAUUUCCCCAACAAGUUGACUUAUUCUAUACGUUCAAAGUCCCUCGUUUUGAAAUCUUGUCAUCCUCCCUUUUUUUUUUUUUUUUUAAUUAUCCCACUAUUAUGCUGGUUUGUUUCUAACUUUAUUUUUCAAUUCUCUGGUGUGUCUAUUUUGAUUUAAAUGGCUGGAAACGUGAACCAAAAAAAAGAAAAAUGAAAAAAAAAAAAUGAAUUUGUGACGUCAAUAUUUCACCCAGUUGAUUGUUGUUUCGAUCUCUAAUAUUCCUCCGCCUGUUCCCGUCCCUGCGAAAAGUAAUCUUUUUCUCUGAAUAAAACAUUUCAUUCGGUUAUAAAUGUA